AUGGAGAGUCCAUACUGGGGAGUUUUCCAACACGGACCACAAGGUAUCGGUGACGUACUCAAAGAGAGAGUCACAAAAAAAGUUUAUGCAGAAAUAUUAGACUCGCUGGUAAAAUUGCAAAAUAUUAUUUUCGUCUCGUUAAAAGGCUAUCUUCAAGAAAUUAUGAAUUUAGUAUCAGGAAGUUGUUACGAUGGAGGCAGCACUGAAGAAGAAAAAUUAUUUCAAUCUGUAAUUGACGCUCUUCAAAAAGAUUUUACCAUGAAAGAGUUAAUAUUCGAAGAAUGUAAAAAGAUGGCCACUUUUGAAAGAAAAGAAUAUCUCAAACAGAUGCAAGAUCCAUCAAAGUAUACAAACGAAAGCCAAUCAAGUUAUGUGAUGAGUAAUUCUACAAUGUCAUUCUAUGUGCAGUCAUGGAAUAUUUCUCCUUACUUUGAGAGAGCCAAAUCUGUCAUUUCUCGAUGA